AUGUGGGACAGCGAGCUUCAUAGCCCGCCGCCAGAGGAAGUCGAUGAGUUCACGGCGCUCUCCGACCCGCGUCUCCGCUCCAACAGCCCGUUGGAAGAGCUCAGCUGGGAACAUCGGAGCAUGGAACUGCCCCCUUCGCCAAGCGAAGAGUGGGAUUACCGCGCGAAUGAACGAAUGAGCGCCUCAACGAUCACGUACUCUCCCAUGUUCAUGGACACCAUGUCGAGACAAUCUCCUUCGACCCUCACGAGAGCGCAGGGCCGUCAGCAACAAGAUUCGGGGUUUGCACGGCUGCGCCCCGUUUCGGAUCUACUGAUUACUGUCACAGCACCUACAGGCAGUGGCAAAACUUUGGUUGGCACCACAAUCAAGGCUAAAUGUGUAUACAUUGCACCAACCAAGUCCCUUUGCACUGAGAAAGCCAGUGACUGGAAUACCAAGUUUGCACCAUUUGGUGUGAAAUGUGCUGAGUUGACUGGGGAUACAGUUACAGCUGGGCAAGGAGUCUGGGGAGAUGCUGCUGAUGCAACUGGUGAAAAAUGGGACAGUUUAACCAGGAAUUGGCAACAUCAUAGCCAGAUACUAUCAAAGAUCAAGCUGUUCUUGAUUGAUGAGGUCCAUCUGCUUAAUGAGUCCAGAGGAAGCACUUUAGAAGUGAUCACAGCCCGGAUGAAGAUGAGGGGCACUGGUGUUCGCUUUAUGGUAGUAUCAGCCACUGUGCCUAACAUUGAAGAUAUUGCCUAUUGGGUUGGAGAUGGUAAUGGUAUAGGAGCUGCCUCAAUACAACAGUUUGGUGAAGAGUACAGACCUUGCCAGUUGGCUAGAUUUGUCUAUGGGGUAUACCGUCACAAGGAUGCAAAUGACUUUGCUUUUGCAAAGACUCUAGACUAUAAGAUCUACUCUGUGUUGCAACAACACUGCAAUAACAAACCUGUUCUGGCUUUCUGCCCUACUCGUAAAGGUGUAGUUAAUGCGGCUGAACAAGUUUGCAAGGAGUAUGAGGAAGCAAUCAUGAAGAAAGGUGACUUGCCAUGGCUAAGACCUGCCAGUAGGACAUAUGUAUCAGGUUUGGCAUCAUUUGGGAUUGGGAUCCAUCAUGCAGGCCUUAGUAGAGAUGAAAGAGCAACCACAGAGCAAUUGUUUCUUAAACAAAACAUCAAAAUUCUGUUUGCUACUUCAACACUUGCAGUUGGUGUGAACUUGCCUGCACACACUGUUAUUAUCAAGGGUGUGAAGUUAUUUCAGAACAAUGCCUCACAAGAAUAUACAGACCUUGAUAUUAUGCAGAUGAUUGGAAGAGCUGGCAGGCCUCAGUUUGACAAAAGUGGGGUGGCUAUUAUCAUAUGUGAACAAGAAUUGGAAGCAAAGUACCAAGCUCUUGCUCAAGGCCAAACAGUUCUUGAAAGCAGUCUUCACCUUCACUUGACAGAGCACUUGAAUUCUGAGGUUGCCCUAGGAACAAUUGCCAACCUUGACUCUGCAAAGAAGUGGCUUCAUACUUCUUUUCUAUUUCAAAGACUGAAACAGAAUCCUACAUACUAUGGCAUCAGAACUGAAGAUGAACACACUACUCCCUGGGCAACUCAGCUGGAUCAAAUAGUUACUAGUAGCAUCAAGGAGUUGCAACUCACUGGGAUGCUUCAAUGUGAUGAAACCAGUGAUGAUUUGAAGUCAACAGAAUAUGGUGAUAUAAUGAGCAAGAUGGUGCUUAUUAUGAAGUUGUCAAGUACUGCAUCAGUCUAUGAGAUUUCUUUCUACUCACGUCUUGAAAAGGUGUAUCAUAAGCUACGGGUUCACCCUGAUAUGAGAUAUCCCCUCAAAAAGAUUGACAAGCCAUCUGACAAGGUUUUCAUACUUCUGCAAGCUAUCCUUGGAUCUAUCAAUCUCUCCAGCCCUGAGUACAAGAGUGCCAAUACUCAGCCCUAUCUAGAAACACUUCCUGUUAUGCGCCACAUUAAUAGGUUGGCUCGAGCUGUGAUAGAAGUUGCUAUUGUUAGACAACAUGGACUGCUAUUAAAAAAUGCCCUUGAAGUAUCUCGUUGCCUUAAUGCCAAGGCAUGGGAAAACUGCAGUUUAGUCUUUCGGCAAAUCAAGGAGAUUGAACAUAAUAUCACUUCAUUCUCAGCCUUGAAGAGAAUGGAUCCAGCACAUAUAGAAUCUCUUCUAAAUAGAAAACCUCCUUUUGGGCAUGAUAUCUUAUCUGCAGCUUGCCAGUUCCCUCAAUACUCAAUAUCAAUAUCAGAAGUUGAGGUUUUCAGUCAGAAGAAUGCAGUACAAGCAACAUUAUCUAUCUCAUGUGGACUACUUCAAAGUGGCAAAUUAAAUCACUCAAAAAGAAGCAAAAAGUCUAAAGGAACUGAUAUGACAUCAGUUCUGGUUAUGAUGACUGACAACACAUUUGUGGAUUUUCGUCAUAUUGUAACAUAUAAUUUGAAGGAACCAAAAACCUUUGAGGUCAAUGUGCCCUUCAUCAAGCCAAGUCAAGGUGUUAUAGCUCAAAUCUCAUCAGAUGUAUAUGCAGGUCUGGUAGCAACAGCUGUGUACAAGCCAGAUAUCCAGAUAUCAAGCUUCCCACAAGUUGAAACCCACCCUCAGGAUUCUCUAGCCAGAGACCUAGAAGGUUUAGAAGACAUUGCCGAUUCAAUCUGGGAUAUUGGAGAAGAUGAUCUGGAAGUUGAAGAUUCAGGGAAGCAGUUCCAGAGAAGUAGCAAAUCAUCCAUUUCCUCUUCCAGUUCAGGCUAUCCUGCUGCAAAACAACUUCCUAAUGGCAAUUUCGAGUGCAACCAUACUUGCAAGGAUAAGAUGAAAUGCAAACACAGAUGCUGUCAAGAGGGACUCGAAAAACCUCCACCCAUCACCAAAAGACGGAUUGAGAUGCUCUUGAGAGAAGAUACAGCCGCAGACACGCAGCCUGCGAUGUCGAAGGUCACAAGUAGCAAAAUUGCCCCAAAGCCGAAGCCGAAGCCGCGUUCGAAAUCCGAUCGGCCCCUGGGCCACUUGGAGUCCUUGCACAAGCGGACUGGAGUGCAGCAGAACAUACAGCUCGGCGAAGGGGGCCAGCUCAAGCUCUCGAGCGACCUCAGGAAGGCCAGUAAACCUCGCCAAGCUGCUCUCGACCUCGAGCUGUCCAGCAUCCUCGAAGAGCCCCUCACAACUGUCCCGAAUCCAGUGGAAGGACUGCCAUCCGACUCGGAGGAUGACUUCCCAACGGCGAGCGAGAUAAUCGACACAUCGCCCCGCACAAAGCCGCCGUCCUCAAGCGACGACGGUAAGCCACGCGAAGGAUCCAAAUCUUCAGCCUCUCUGACGCAGUCGCUACAGCCGCGCCGCGAAACUACGCCUCCAUUUGCGCCUUCGCCAUCGUACGACGUGUCCGGUGAAGGUCCGUCGCACUUCGUCCAGAGCACGGAAAUACAAGAAGCCAGCCCUAUCUCCAUGGACGAAGAUGGAGACUUCAGGCUCGACUCUUCGAUGUUCGACAUCGUGUACCCCAGUUCGCCUGCGCCCAAAGAAAUCAGCGCUACAGCGUCAUACCAAGUAGAAGGGAGCCGUCGCUCACCUGAACACAGCUGGCCAGACCAAGCCAACGCGACAUCCGAAGGGCGCGAGCACGAAGCUCCCCCUGGAGCGCGAUCGGCCCACAACAUAACGUCGGAGCCCGAUGAUGAUCCGUUGAGAGACUUCGAGUCCUGGUUGAACAGCGGAGCAGUAGAAGUCGUGGAGGAGUGA